AAAAUGAAAUAUAUUUAAAAUUCGCGGCGUAUACUGAAGAUUAGAUUGACAACAUAACCUCUGAACUUAAUAUUGGAUUGAAGUGAAUUUAUAUCAAAAACACAAUGUCGAUAUUAAUAUUAAGAUCUUUAGUGUCGUUAAACAGAACUUCUAAUAAUGUUCUCAUGAAGUUUAGGUACAUAAGUACAUCAAAGACUUUAUAUGAGUCAGUUUUACCAAAGCAAGCUAAGAAAAUAAAAAAGAAGUCACCAAUAACAUGGAAAAGCUUGACAGUCUCAAGUCUCAUCGGCACUAGUCUUUUGUUAUAUAUGUAUUACUUGAGAAAGGAAAAAGACUUGACUCUAGCACGAGAAAGGAAACGACAAUUGGGCAAAGCUAAAAUUGGUGGUAGUUUUGAGCUAAUAGAUACAAAAGGAAAAACAGUAAAGUCCAGUGAUUUCCUAGGACAAUGGUUACUGAUAUAUUUUGGAUUUACUCACUGUCCAGAUGUUUGUCCUGAUGAAAUUGAAAAGAUGACAAAUGUAGUGAAUAAGCUUGAGAAAGAAUUCAAUUUCAAGAUUCAACCAGUUUUCAUAUCGGUAGAUCCAGACAGAGACACACCUGUUAUUGUUGAAAAGUAUCUCAAAGAAUUUUCUGAUAAGAUCAUUGGUCUCACUGGUAAUACAGAACAGGUUGCAAAAGCAUGCAAGGCAUACAGAGUUUAUUUUAGCAGCGGCCCUAAAGAUCAAGAUGAUGAUUAUAUUGUGGAUCACACAAUUAUCAUAUACUUAGUCGAUCCAGAAGGUUUGUUUGUUGAUUAUUAUGGACAAACACAUGAUGUUGAUAAGAUUAUGACCAGUAUUCUUAUAAAUAAGUCAAAGUAUGAUCAAUUAAGUGGUAACUCCUCUUCCUGGUUGCCAUCAUUUUCGAUUAAAGGAGUGUUAUAAGCAUCCCAAUUCAUUCCUACACACAGUAAAUUUUUAUGUUAAUAUGUAGUCAAUUAGUGCUUGUGUAGCUGUACAUUAAUAUUAUAUAUAUGUUUAUAUACAAAAUACAUAAUAUAUAUAACAUUGUAUAA